GGACGAAAUGGGGCAUUGACGUGGAUGGACUUGCUCCCGAGUAGCGACGACGAGAGCGAUGGCGGGCUGCCGCUGGCCCGUAGCGCUGCAUUGCAAGGCGUGAUCGACCGACCAACCGCGCAGGCGCGAGCUGCAGUGCCAAGCGCCUCCGCGCCAUGGACGCCCGCCGAGAAGAAGCCCAUGAUGUCGGUCUUCGAACGGCUCCUGGCGCUCAACCCACGGGCCAGCAGCCUCCCGGUCUUCCAGAACGCAGCCAAGGCUGCCCCGCCGCCACGAGCCGAGCCCAAAGCACCAACGACAGGUGAUCCCGUAGCGGCCAAGCAAGAGUCAACCGCACCUGCAGCCGUCGACCGCGCCACCUACGACAUGACGACACGCUUGCAGUCGACAGCGCGACCAGCGACAGUCCGUCCUCGUGAGCCACCGCCGGCGGCCUUGCGACCGACACCGCCAAUAGAUUCAGACAGAGACGCGUGGACGAUCACGUACCCAUCGGUGCCCCCAACGCCCGACGCGGAGUCCAUGCCGGUCCAGGAGGUCGACAGGCGGCCAACAUACGUCUCGCCGUUCGGGCUCCAUACGACUCAGCCCGUGCAGCGCCACGCCGCAGCGCCACGCACGCAGCUAAUCACGCAAAACGCGCUGCUCGCUGCCUUGCAGCGCGCCGAGGCGGCACCGGGACCGCCCAACGGCAGCCUGAGCGACGACGACGACUGGCUCAGCGACGCCGUGCCCAUGGCCUCCAACACUGCGCGCACCAAGCCGAUAGGCGCUGCCUCUGCGAUUGACGUGGCGCCCAAGCGAAAGAGCCAGCCGACGUCGACGACGCCUGCACCCAAGCGCCGGCCCCCGAGCCAUCGCCCGGCCAAACUUGAUGACGAUGACAACAACGAUGACAACGAGGAUGAUGAUGAGAAUACGUGGCCCAAGCUUUCACCGCCCGCGGGGGCAAUCGACGAGCCUCUCGUGCUACUCGACGGCCCAAACGACAUGUUCUCGCGCCGCGUCCAAGUCCCCGGUCGCCUCAACCGGUUUCUCCAACCGUACCAGCGCGACGGGGUUUCUUGGAUGUUUCAAGCCGUCGUUGAGAACCGCGGCGCGAUUCUCGGUGACGAAAUGGGUCUCGGCAAGACGAUCCAGGUGAUUGGUCUCUUGUCGGCGCUGCUCUUCAAAGAAGGCACGGCGAGCGACAAGGAGGUGUACCGCAACCGCCUCCGGAGUGUGUCGCGUCGCGAGCCGCUCGACUUCGACGUCAACACGAUCCCGCCGCCGAUUCUUAUUGUCGUGCCAGCGUCGCUCCUCAUGAACUGGGAGCUCGAACUAAAGCUCUGGAUGUGCUGUCGCCCAGUCAUUCUGAACGGCAAACGGCAGGAUCGCGAAGCCGUCUUGACGUCCUUGUCUCGCGGGACCCACGAUAUUGUCAUUUGCAGCUACGACAUUUUGAAGGCCAACUUGCCGCAAAUCCAGGCUGUGCCAUGGUACCUCGUUGUUCUGGAUGAAAUGCACUGCUUGAAGAACCCGGAAUCGCAAGCCACGAAAGCAGUCCAGGCGCUUUUCUGCAAGCGGCGGCUCGGACUCACGGGCACACUCAUGCAGAACGACACGGACGAGCUCCACUGCCUCCUCAACACGAUCCACGAAGGCUCGGAGAAGCAGCUGCGCGACUGCCUCGUACCAUACUACCUCCGCCGCGACAAAUCGAUCCACCCCGACUUUACGCGCAUUCAAAAAUUCGACAAGAUUGUCUUUUGCGAACUCACGCCGCUCCAGCGCGCCGUGUACGACCGCGUCAUUGCGUCGCCCGACUUUCAAGUGCUCAUUCGCGGCGACGACUUGUGCGACUGCGGCCGGAAGAAGACCCGGCGGCGGUGCUGCUACGUCUCGGGGGGCGUCCUGUGGCAAAAGCACCAUCCGGACGACGAAGCAUGCCAAGCGUGCCCGGCGUGCAUCCAAUUUCCUUGCAUCGCCCAGCUGCUCAAGCUCUCGAACCACCUCGACCUCUUGCGCGUCAACCCAAGAGACCCGGACGACGUCCAAGCCGCGACCAAAGCCUUUGCGACCGUCGCGUUCGGCAAGGACCUCGACACGAUUGGGCUCUACCAAGCACAAGGCCUCUUUGAGAAGAUGAACACGGCACUCUGCGGCAAGAUGGUCGUGCUCGAGAAGCUCCUCUCGAUCUGGAUGCGCAAGCACGAAAAGGUGUUGCUGUUUAGCCGCAGCGUGCGCAUGCUCGACAUUCUACAAGCUUUUCUUAUCUCGAAAGCGUGCGCGUACGUGCGUCUGGACGGGUCCACCAAGGUCGACGAGCGGCUCGCGCUCGUCCAGCGCUUCAAUCGCGACCCGACGCUCGGCGUGUUUCUCAUUUCGACCAAAGCCGGGGGUCUCGGACUCAACAUUACAAGCGCAACCAAUGUCGUCAUCUUUGAUCCGAGCUGGAACCCGGCGCAUGACUGCCAGGCGCAGGACCGCGCGUACCGCAUCGGGCAGACGCGGGACGUCAAGGUGUUUCGGCUUAUUACGCUCGGCACGAUUGAAGAAAUGAUUUACGCCCGCCAGAUUUACAAGCAGCAGCUCACCGACACGACGCUCAAAGGCAAGAUGGGGCCGCGGUAUUUCGAGGCCAUCAUCGGCGUCAAAGGCCAACACGGCGAGCUCUUUGGGAUCCGCAAUCUGUUGCAGUUCAAGCCCCAAGGCGUCAUGAAGGCGAUCCAGGACAACGCGACGCUCGACGGCAUCCCGAUCGCCGACAACCAAGUGGACUUUUCGUCCACGCCCGCGAGCGACUGGAAGAGUGCGAAGAAGAAGUCGGGUGACCUGGACGACGACAUUGAAGACGUCGCCGAAGAGCUCGAGCUGGACCAGGAGAUUAGCGUGCUCGCACCCCAGAGCAUGAACCACGACGUGGUCCUCGGGGACGAGCCCCAGCGGCGAAGGUCGUUGCCGCCCACCAAGUCCUCGCUGUACACCCCUGCCUACUUGAAGCCGCAUGCGGAAUGA